AUGUUCUUUCCUUGGAAGAUGUUUAACUUUCUCUUUACUAAAGACGUUUUUGUCUACGACGACGGAGAGUCGGAGCUCUCAUCGUUAUGUGCUGCGAGACCAGUUUUUGGGAAGCAGGACUCUUACUGGCAAGACUGCAGAACCGACUCAUUUCCUAACGGAGAGCCACUCGACUUUGAGCGCAAAAAUUGCUACGGAAUAGCUCCAGAGAAGACAACAAGGACUGCCGCGAUGGAAUAUUGCAAGUCUCGAAAUGCGACUUUUGAUAACUUCAAAUCUUCUCCAGAAGCAAACGAAACAGUGAAAGAGCUAGAAUUGUGGACCGGUUUAACAAAUAAUGACACGAUCAUUUGGAAAUUACUAAACAUCAAUGCUUCAUCUUCAGAAGAAUUCUGUGUAGGUCGCAACAUUGUUCAUGGCAAAAGAGAAACCUUUGAAAAAGUGUCAUGCGAGGACCUGAGACAUCCGAUCUGCAAAUGGCCCAGAAAAGAAGAGGAAAAAACUCCGGCAAAGAGACAAUUGAGCUGUCCAAAAGGUUGGAAUUUGGCUAACCACACAAUCAGCGCUGGGACGAAAUGGAUCAACGAAACCUCUCCAGCCGAAGAAUUUACUUGUAAAGCGAUUUUGGGAAGAUGCACUGUUCCUGCUUGCACAUACGAUUUGGCAUUUCCGCGAAAUGAAAUUGGGCCAGGUUUUAAUAUCAAAAGACUUGUCAUGCAAGAAGCUUUUUUCGGGUGGAUUUGCAGAGAUGUUGGUGCAGCCAUGAUUGGUGAUCAGUUGGGAAUGUCCCUGAUGCAGCAUAAUUACAAAUGCGUUCUCCAGCCAUUUGCGAAUGAAACGCAAAGUUCUCAGUUCAACUUCAACAUGACACAGAUCCUCGCCGAUUCAUUCGAAUUGAAAGCGUGCGACAAAGAAAAUUCCGAAGGCUUUGCGAAAUUUGGCAACGAAACGACCUGUUUUUUCCUUUCGAAAGAGGCAAAAACUUGGGCUGAAGCUCGUUCUUUUUGUAGAAAACAGAACGCUCAAGCGACUCUAGCAUAUCUUCCAAAGAAGAAAUCGUUAAAUUAUGCAAUGCACUAUCUCGUCGAAACGAAUUCUUCAGAUGAUGUCUGGAUUGGCUUGACCAGCUAUCACGAUUUGCACAUGUUCGGCGACUGGUCCAGCGAUUUCAAAUGGAGCGCAAGUGGAGAAAUCAUCGACGAAAAUCUUUUCAACUAUUUGGCAAAUCAUCCAGCGUCCAAAUUCGACAGAUGCGUUAGUUAUGGAAACGAUAUUUUUUUCAAUUUCAAUCAUUGCUCUGAUACGAAACGAUUCAUGUGCACUUUGAGUGACAUAAAACCGCGAAAUAAUCAGGACGAUCGAAACAAGCGCGGCUCCUGGUGCCCGGCAAAUACGUACAAGCAGGGCUACUCUUGCUUCACCUUCUUCAACGAGACGAAAGACACUUUCAAUUUGACAUAUGAUGCUGCAAGUGAACUGUGUGAGGAAGAAGACGGUCGAAUGCUCGCGUCGUUUUACAGAAGGGAUCAAAACUUGGCUCUAGCGGCUUCGCUGUGUAACAGUACUUUCUCCGCGAAUUUGAAGGGAUUUUGGCUGGGGCUGAAAGGAAAGUACAGUUGGGAGGGGGACAAACUAGAGUUCAAGUGGCUGGAUCAAUCGCCAUUUACGUUCAGCAACUGGUUGAGUAGUAAUGAUCUGCUGCAGUUUCGAGGGUACGCUGGUGUCCAAGCCGAGAGACACAAAUGUGUUUACUUCAACGCGGACCCCAGCGAGGGCGAAAUCGGCCAAUGGGGGCUCAAAGACUGCAACGACAUGGAUGGCAUGGGCGCUCUCUGCUCUCACCCAAAGUGGGCAACGAAAGACUACGUCGACCAGUGUCGAGACAUUGCUCCUCCAAGCACUUGCCAGAGAGGAACUAAUACUCCUCUUGGCUGCAAAGCUUUGUCCCGACCUCAGCGAAAACAAUGCAUGAAAACUUGCGGCUUCUGUGGAAAGAGGAGAACUCAGAAGAGAAUGCGAAAGCCAAAUGGAGACUUUUUCGACGCUUGCCCGGAUGUCAAGUGGGAAGGGAAGACAAUGAACAGAAAAGCUGCCGGAAAUGGCGGAUGCAUGUUUUUCAACCGAUGGACCUACCUGAACUUUAGAUCAAGAAGGGCGAAAAGAAAUCGAAUCGAGGACGCAACUUGGGACGAUGCUCAGGGAAUUUGCAUGACCGCGAAGGAGGCAGGCGAGAAGGGAAGACGAGCGAACCUUGUUCAUGGCGAUUCUUGUGCCUACACAACGAUGGAAGCAUAUCUCUGGAAAGAAGCGAUUCUAGGCAGGGGUAUUCGGCAAGGAAAUGACGAGACAGAAGACGAUGAUGAUAGCGAUGAUGACGGUGAUGAAAACUCCAACGACGAUGAAGAGAGCGAGGACGACAACGACUCGAUGAGCGAUGAAAAUGUCGACGAAGAUGUUUUCACGGACAAAGACAAGCUUGCAUGGCUCGGACUUCGCUUCAACUUUGAAUCCGGUUCUUUCGAGCAAAUCUCUGGGCGACUUGGCGCUGGAAAUCACUGGGCAGCUGGGGAGCCAAAUUUGACAAGAAGAGGGGAUGAAAAGUAUCUUUGCGCGGCGGCGGACUACGAAAGUGCGAACAGAACGGAGUGGAGAAUGGUUCCUUGCAAUCUCACUUUACCGUUUUUCUGCACUUGGGACGAGCAUGAAAACUUCGCCUCGCUGAACCAAGGCUUUUGCGAACGAGUCCAGGGAGCUGAUUACUGGAUGCAUCUCGACAACACUUGCUUCUAUGGAAAGAAAGAGCGCAUUUCUUUUGACGAUGCUCACGGCUUCUGCAAAAAUAUGACCGGCGAGAUUUUGAAGAUUAACGAUUUGGAGAAAAUCCGAUUUAUAAGGAAUGAGUUUAGUCAGUCGAGAAUCAUGAAUAAUUUCAACUGGGAGAGUAACUUCUUCUGGCUUUCUUCAGUAAAUUACUCGAAAAACGGUCUAUUUUGGAAUGGAACGGACCAAAAACUCGAAGAAAAUACAUUCGCUAAUAUUCCUGAUGAUCGACCAGAUGAUAACUAUGUUUUAUCUUGGCAACUGUCUCACGAGCACGAUAAAGUGGGCUUGUUCUACAAAGAAAAGGAGAGCAAAAGCAUGGUUAUUUGCGAACGACCGGCGAUGGUGAUGAAACGAGUUCCAAAACGAGGACAUGGAUUUUUAGUCUUUCUAGUGAUUGCAACUGUGAUCUGCGUCGGAAUUUUCUUGUGGAAACGGCAACAAGGCGAAAACUACCGAUACCUGCCGACCGAGAGGAUCAUCCAAAACGAUACGAUGACACAACGUCUCAAAUUUUGA